AACAGCCUGUGAUCGCACCAGCGUGCAUGAUUUAUAGUGGAGAAUACUUCGAAACGGAUCUGAAGUCAGCUACACGCACAGGUUAUAAUGCGGACCAUGCAGAACCGAGCCACCUAUAAAUAAGACCGACCCUGAACGGACAGGAACGCGCCCUGCACUCUCUCCAAGAUAUUCAACAGGACUAUCUAAAGUUGAUCGGACAAGCAUGCUGUUGCUGCUUCUUCUGUCUCUGGUCAGCCCAUCUCUGACCUCAACGCCUCAGUUCCCACUAAGGGAAUGCUGGUCGCAGAUGGAUGCGCUCAGAGUCAGCGUCCGAGAGCUGGAGAACAAGGUGCUGAUCGGGUCGUGGCAGAUCGACCACCUGAAGAGACACAAGUACAUCCGGCCCUUCCGACAGGCUCUUUCCGGGCUGGACCAACGCUCAAACGGCACGGAGCAAGCAAAUCCCCACCGUGGACCACCGAACCCUCUUCUGCCUCCUGCUGGCAGCGUUCUUGUCCACGACAAAGACUGCUCUGAGCUUUUUGACAGACUCCGCCCACCGAGUGGCUUCUAUCGGAUCCGGCCCAAACUUGACCAGGAGCCGUUCCUGGCCUAUUGCGACAUGGAGGAUGGAGGGGGCUGGACCGUGCUCCAGAGGAGAAGACAUGGCAGAGUGGACUUUGACAGAGAUUGGGUGGACUACAGAGACGGGUUUGGUGAUUUCAAGAGAUGGAACGAUGAAUUCUGGCUUGGAAACGAGCACAUUCAUGUCGUGCUCUCGGGAGGGCAGAACCUGCUAAAGAUAGAUCUCACGGACUGGAGUGGCCAGACCAAUCAUGCCUUCUACCAGAACUUCCGAAUUGCUAAUGAGGAGGAUAGCUAUCGUCUGCAGUACGGUCAGUACAGCGGGCGUGCUGGCGAUGCUCUGACAGCAGGGGGCGUGAUGGAGCAGUGGUCCGCCUGCGUCAAUGGCAUGCAGUUUACCACCAGGGACCAGGACAAUGACCGCUUCCUGCAGGGUAACUGUGCCAAAGAGAACAUGGGUGGCUGGUGGUUCAACAGAUGCCACACAGCCAACCUCAACGGAAGGUUCUACCGUGGUGGAGAGUACAAGGGAACGAACGACAACGGCGUGGUGUGGGGGACCUGGAGGGGCCUGUGGUACUCUCUCAGACACACCGCCAUGAAGGUCCGCCCCUUGGCCUUCCUGGACAGCGGGGGCAGUGGAGAUGGAUAACACAUAACUGAUGAAACACCUACUAGACAUUAACCUGACUUAUGUUGCUGUGGUUUUUAUGUUUCUGUGGACUUGUUGGUGGGUGUUGUUGUGGAGUUGCCACAGCAUUUUGUUGCUUUGGAGGGAUGUACCUAUGGAGUUGUGUUGCUAUGGGGUCAUGUUCCAGCUAUGUUGAGAUGCUAUGGAGAUACGGUACUGAUUAUUUUAAGUGUUAUGAGGAAACGCAUGCCAUCACAUAUCAUACGUUUAUUUUAAUCACGUGUUAUAAAUUCAUUCACUGUUCCCUUUCCCUUACUCUUGGAAGAUCCUAGCGUAAACAAUCUUUCUACCGAGUGUAUUAGUUACCAUGCAUGAAAUGGACUUUUAAAUAUUAAAAACAAAGAGCAUCAGACAUUGACUCCCUGAUAUUAAUAUUUGAAUGGUUGAUAAUAUGAUCAACCAUUACAUUUAUACCAACUGCCUGAUAUAAAUUAAAACAAACACUAAAUCAAA